AUGGCGUCAAUCCCGACGCUACGCAUCGCUUACGCCACGGGUAACCACGGCAAGUUUGCCGAAGCCAAGCACGUAUUCAACAGACCGGAAAACCUCGCGCGAGCGAACGUGAUUCUGCAGCAGUUCGACGUGGACACUGUUGAAAUACAAGGCUCAAAAGUGGACAUCAGCAAGCACAAGCUCAAAGAGGCGGCGACGAUUCUUUUUCAAGAGGCAGAUGCGGGCGAUUUUGAUUACCUCCUCGUCGAAGACGUGUCACUCGAUCUCGACGCCUUGAACGGAUUCCCGGGGCCCUAUUGCAAACCCAUGCUUGAAGCGAUCGGACCCGAUGGACUAUGGGACGUGAUGUCCCGGUACGAAGAUCGUAACGCGACGGUUACGUGCACGGUUGGAGCGAUGGCCGUGCGAGCGGGGGGCUCUCGCGAGACGAAUGUGUUUAUCGGCUCUAUCAGGGGAACGAUGGUGCCUCCGCGAGGUGAAGUCAAGCACGGCAAGGCGUCGUGGAACAGCGUUUUCCAGCCCGCGGGAUUCGCCAAGACGUUUGGAGAACUGCAGUUCGUGGAGCAAGCGGAGAUUUCGCACAGGCGCAUUGCGCUUGAGAAGUUUUUAGGAAACGCAAUCGAGGCGGCGACAGAGGUCAACUGUUAG